CGGUCGAAGAGAUGGUAAAUAAAAGUAAACAGCUCUUCUCUUCCCUUGGCGUUUUGGGUGCCAAAAUCAAUUCCUUAAAUCUAGGGUUAGCUAGUCUCGAAUAUACAUACCUUCCUCUCCACCCUCUCUUUUAUUACAUUGUUUUUCCCAAUUCAACUCUAAUCUAAUCCAUCGAGAGUUGUGAAAUGACGAUGAUAGCUGAUUCAGGAGACUGUUCGAUGAUUGAGAAGGGGGGAGGAGAAUCUCCGUCUACGCCUCAACAAGAGAAACAGAUAGUGGAUGAGUUGAUGCAUGAAUCUGAGCGCUGUUUGAAAGAUGGCAAUCUAUACUAUGUCAUUUCCUACAGGUGGUUUGCAACAUGGGAGAGGUAUGUUAGCCAGGACAACGAUAGCAACAUGGUUGAUGGGGAGCCAUCUAAUUCCCAAUAUUUUGAUGUUGUUCCCUUGAGUACAGCGGAUAGACCUGGUCCAAUUGAUAAUUCUGAUAUAGUCCAAAAUGGAAGCAACAGUGAGGCCGAUGAUCUAGAGCUCUCUAAAACAUUGUUGGAGCGGAGGGACUAUGUUUUAGUUCCUCAACAAGUUUGGGAUAAGCUUCUGCAAUGGUACAAGGGGGGACCAGCACUGCCAAGAAAGAUGAUUUCAGAAGGUGGUUCUAACAAGAAGCAAUUCCGUGUGGAGGUUUAUCCGCUUCAACUCAAAGUAAUUGAUUCCCAGGAUCACAUGGAGUUCACUAUAAGAUUAAGCAAAAAGGCUUCUCUGCAUCAGCUUUAUGAGAAGGUGUGUGCUAUUAGAGGAACAGAGCGAGAAAAGAUCAUUAUCUGGGAUUACUUUAAUAAGCAAAAGCAUUCAUCAUUGGUUGAAUCAAACUCUACCUUGGAGGAGUCAAAUUUGCAGAUGGACCAAGAGGUUCUCCUGGAGUUGAGAGAUGACGGACUGUAUCCUUCCCAAUCGGGAAAGGAUUCAACAGGAAACGAGUUGGCUUUGGUAGCCCUGGAACCAGCAAGGACCUCCUUGUCAAUUGCUGGGGGUCCAACAUUGUCCAAUGGACAUUCAAGUAAUAACAGCUUGAAUUUGAGGCCGGGAAGUGCUUUUAACCCCGGAUUUUCUGAUGCUGAUGAUGGAUUUGGUGCUCACAAUGCGGCUAGAAAAAGUGAGAAGGGAGGUUUAGCAGGAUUGCAGAAUAUGGGUAACACAUGCUUUAUGAACAGCGCCCUUCAGUGCUUGGUUCACACUCCCCCACUUGUCGAAUAUUUCUUGCAAGAUUAUUCCGAUGAGAUCAACACCCAAAAUCCUUUAGGAAUGCAUGGUGAACUUGCACUUGUAUUUGGAGAGUUGUUGAGGAAACUGUGGUCCUCGGGGCGGACUACAAUUGCACCACGUCAAUUCAAGGGCAAACUUGCGCUAUUUGCUCCACAAUUUAGUGGUUAUAAUCAGCAUGAUUCUCAAGAACUUCUUGCCUUUUUAUUGGAUGGGCUGCAUGAAGAUUUGAAUCGUGUUAAGCAGAAGCCUUAUAUUGAAUUGAAAGAUUGGGGCGGUCGGCCAGAUGAGGAGGUUGCAGAUGAGUGUUGGAGAAAUCAUAAGGCUCGUAACGAUUCAGUUAUAGUGGAUGUUUGCCAAGGUCAAUAUAAGUCGACGUUAGUUUGCCCCGUUUGCAGCAAGAUCUCAAUUACAUUUGAUCCCUUUAUGUAUUUGUCACUGCCGCUACCUUCAACUGUCACGCGUUCGAUGACUAUAACAGUGUUUUAUGGUGAUGGAACUGGUCUGCCCAUGCCAUACACUGUGUCGGUGCUUAAAAAUGGCCUUGUCAGAGAUCUUAUUCAGUCACUGGCUUCUGUAUGCUGUUUGGAAAGAGAUGAAAGCCUUCUGCUGGCUGAAGUAUAUGAACAUAGGAUUUAUCGCUUAUUUGAAAAUCUUUAUGAGCAAGUGGUUUCUAUAAAGGAUGAAGAAUAUAUCGUGGCCUAUCGGCUUAAGAAAGAAACAGGGAAACUGAAAUUGGAGAUCGUUCAUCAGGAAAAGUCUACACCAGAUAUUCUAAAAGGCAGUUGGAAGGAUUUUGGAACUCCUCUUCUUACUUAUUUGGAAGAUGACUUGCUAAGUGGAGUUGAUAUUGAGUUGGCUGUUUCUAGACUGCUCUCACCCUUGAGGAGAACAUGUUCAGUUGGUGUGGUUCAUCAUGGCAAGGAAAAUGGUUUAGUUUCAGAAGCCAUUGGUGAAACAUCGAACAGCUGCAAUGACCAAUCUGAACAGGAAGAUGAGGCAAUGGAGUGUGUAAAACCAGGAGACACAUCCAAUGAGGAGUUGUUAUUCCAGCUCUUUUUAAGUGAUGAUAGGUAUUCAGCCCACAAGCGAAUUUUGAAAAAUUCUGUGAUAAAAUUUGGAGGGAAUCGUAUAAAAGUUUUUCUGGAGUGGACUGAAAAUGAAAAGAAAACAUAUGAUUCUAGCUAUCUGAAGGAUCUCCCGGUGGUUUAUCAUAAGGCUGGGUUUACUGCUAAGAAAACUAGGCAGGAAGCUGUCUCUUUAUAUUCAUGCCUGGAGGCAUUUUUGACUGAAGAACCUUUAGGGCCAGAUGAUAUGUGGUAUUGCCCUGGCUGUAAAGAGCAUAGACAAGCCACCAAGAAGCUAGAUUUAUGGACAUUGCCUCAGAUUCUUGUUUUCCACUUAAAGCGAUUUUCAUACAGCAGAUACCUGAAGAACAAACUGGAAACUUUUGUAGAUUUUCCCAUUCAAAAUCUUGAUUUGAGCAAAUUUGUCGAAAGUAAGGAUGGUCGAUCUUAUGUAUAUGAACUAUAUGCCAUCAGCAACCAUUAUGGCGGUCUAGGUGGCGGGCACUAUACUGCUUUUGCAAAGUUGAUGGAUGAGAAUAGAUGGUACAAUUUUGACGACAGCCGGGUUGCUCCUGUUAAUGAGGCUGAUAUUAAGACUUCAGCUGCUUACGUGUUGUUCUACCGAAGAGUUGGGACUGAAAAAAAGGCAGGACAGGGAGAGACAUCACAGUGUUGAAAGGUAAUCGAUCCCUGCAGUUAUACAAUCCCAUGCCUUUGGAGCUCAGACGAAGCCGGCAUUUUAGCCAUUUCGGUCAGCAUUUUGAAGAUUUCACGGUACAAAGGCACAGAUGUAUCUAUACAUACAUAACAGGUGGCAGCAGCUGUUACGAGAAUCAGUUUGCCAAAUCAUUUUAUUAAUUCUUUUGGAAGAAUCAUUGGCUUAAUAUUAGGUUGCUUAUAGAUCCCUGUGUUUUUCGAGGGCCUUCAAUGAUUUUAGACCCAGGAUGGGCACAUGUGCCAAAUAACUGUAGGCAAUAUGAUUUUUUCCCCUCAAUUUCAUAAUAUCUGAGGAAAAGCUGAAAGCUUUUUAUCCAUGAUCUAGGAAUUGAUUAUCAUUAAUUAGAGUAAUUAUCUUAAGCUUC